AUGCCGACCACACUCCCAUUCAUCACCAUCAGCAUCAUCAGCAUCAUCACCAUGAAGGCGCUCCUCGUGUCUCUGACACUCGCCACCUUGGUGGCCCUGAGCCGAGCCAUGCCGCACAACAACACCACCACUCAUGACGUCGGCAUGUCCCGGCAAUGGGGCCUCUGCGCGUACAAGAGGGCUCACCUAGUGCCCAGGCCAGGACAGUUCAUCCCGCAGUGCGACGAUAAUGGUAACUUCCUCCCGCAGCAGUGCGACGGCUCCACCGGGUACUGCUGGUGCGUCGACAUCAUCUACGGAGAGGAGAUACCGAACACGAGGACGCCACCGGGGGUCACACCCAUCGACUGUGCGUCGCACUUCUGUCCGAUUGGCUGGUCCCGCUUAGGAAAACGGUGUUUCAAGUUCAUGAGCGAGCCGAAGAGUUGGAUCGGAGCCGAGUCUUACUGUCUGUUUGAAUCGGCCAACCUGGCGUCAGUCCACAGUCCAGAUGAGAAUUACUUCAUCCAGUCUCUGACCAAAGAACACACCGCCAACUUCCCCCAUACCUGGAUCGGCGGCCAUGACACCAUAUAUUAUGGACAUUGGAUGUGGAGUGAUGGCUCCAUGUUUGACUACACUGACUGGACCAUGGAGAAGAACAUCAGGGGAAACUGCCUGAUGAUGAAUUAUGGAUACCAGAGGCAGUGGAACUGCUACUCCUGCGACGAGGAGCUGCCUUUCGUUUGUGCCAAGAUGAUGGAUUUGAAGUCGGGGAGCGGACACUGAAGAGGUCUGAGGCUUUGUGCGCCACAUCUAACCAGUUUCUCUCCUAUCUGCAUUAAUUCAUUGUGAAAUCAUUGUAAAGGUUUGUGUCAACGGAUCAGAGGAUUCUGAAUCUGUACGGAGACUGUAGUGCAUGAAAAGGAAAAUAUGAAUGUGAUGUCCAAAUGAAGCUUCAUAAACCAUUGGCUGGACUUGUUGGUCCCACUAGAUGGUGCUCUCAGUUGAAAGAAAAUGGUUCAACGAAUGGCAAUAGAAUAGAGAGUGCCCUCUAGUGGGCAGAAACUGGUAAAUGAAGCUUCAUUUAGCAUUCACUAGGAAGUGUUUCGUAAAUUCCUCCUUAAAAUUUGUAACUUCUGCCUUCAA